UCACAUCUGUAUAAAAGUCCCUUUCACAUCAUUACUGAGCAGCACUGUGACUAUGGCUCAGUCCAACUCAAUAUAUGUUUCCGUCGGCAUCCUGGGCAUUUUAGGAGGUUCCCUCCUGCUGUUGGUGAACAGCUAUGCCAGCUCGCUUGAAGAACCCUUCAUUCCUCACUCUGCACUGGGCAUUUUACUCCUCAUCAUCGCAGCCCUGGUCGCUUACACAGGAGUUCGUCACAGUCUCUCUCACUCCCAGUUGUUUUCCACUCUGUGUCUGACCAUCUCUGCUCUCUGGUGUGGCUCUGGUCUGGUCUACAUCCUGAUAGGACAGAGUGUACUGCCACUCUCUGAACUAAAAUCCUCUCUGAUCCCUGGCCUUGCAGCAUUUACCUUAGCCCUCUUCAUCAUAGGCACUGCUGCUGUCUUUAUGAAUAACCCUGUUUUACUGGUCAUAGCUGUCAGCAUUUCUUUGGCCUGUGCCCAUCAAAUUGCUGGUCUUUCAGAUUCAGGAUUUGGUCAGUCUGCCACAGCUGCAAACUACCUCCUUGUUUGUCUUGUGUUAAAUAGGAUUAAAACUCUUACUCUCAGGGCUCUCGAUAAAGAGCGACAUACGCCCCACCUCGGCUACUCCAAGUAUGCAGAUGCAGAAGUGUUGGGCCAUGCUUGCAAUGUUCUGGCUGCUUUUGCCAUUACAGCCACCAUUGGAGACAGGAAUCCCUUGGAGGUUUUGGUUCUACCCUGGGCCGUAAUGGCUGGUGGAGUGUUGCAGCUACUUUGUGGUUCUGUGGCAUUUGCUCGGGGUAAAACGUUUGAGAGCACAGCCUUUAUUCUCUAUGGGGUGAUGUGGACAGUAUGGGGGUUAACACGAUUCGGUGGUCUUUAUGGUGAGACCAGAAGCUUUAACGUAGCUGUUGGGAUUAUUAGCUUCAUGUUGUUUAACCUUCUGGUGACAAUUGCAGCUUUAUUUCUAAAUGUUGCCUGGUUCAUCUAUGCAUUUACUUUCCAGCUUAUCCUAAUCAGCUUCCUGCUUGAUGCAAUAGGUGCACUGCCUUAUGGUUAUGAUAUUGGCGUCACAAUCAUCUUUGGUCUUGUCAGUUUUUACUGUUUUUUGGCGCACCUUUUUAAUAGCACCUUUCAGUCUCCCCAAAUCCCUUUGGGAAAACCUUUAGUCAAGCUGGGUGGGGUCGGAGGAGGGGAAGGAGUCUGUCCUCAUGUACCAGCUCGCAAAGCAUCAUCAGUCCAGCAGAUUGCAGAAAUAAUGAAAAAUGGAGGCAUAUGUGGAAUGCCAACUGACACUGUCUAUGUGCUGGUAGCUGCCUGCAACAGGCCAGAUGCAGUUAUCAAAGCUUACAAGGUUAAGAAACAGGCUCAGGACCGACCCAUGUCUAUGUGGAUCUCUUCUGUCAAGCAGCUGGAGCCUGUUAGACACCUGCUGAGCCCUCUGCUCCUCGACUUCAUGGAGGCUGCAUGGCCUUCAUCAAUUAGCAUGGUCAUACCCAGAGGUCCUUGGUUAGAUGUAUUUGGUUUGGGAGAUGCUGCCAUACACAUUGGAACUCCACAAAGCAUUGCCAUCAGAAGCCCAGACUGUGCAGUAGCCACACAUCUAAUUAAUCUGGUGGGUCCAAUUGCAGUCACCUCAGCCAACCCCACAGGUGAAGCAGACACAACUCACCAUAACCAAGUGUAUGCCAAACUGGGUAAAAAGGUGGAAGGGGUGUUGUGCGAUGGACCGUCCCCAGAGAAUAUUGCGUCUACUGUCGUUGAUUGCACCAAGAUUGAAACUGGACAUAUUGGUUUCUUCAGAGUGGGACUCAUUCCAAAAUCCAAGGUUCUUCAGAUAUUUGAAGAGGUACGGAAUCGGCACAGACAAGGUUAUAUCAAUCCAGGAUUCGAACAUGAUUUACCUUUACAAGAUAUGGAAAGAGACCAAAGCUCAAGAGACACAACAGUGUUGGAAAGAGGAACUGCAAACCCAACACUAGUCACAUUUUCCCCCCCACAGAGUUGGAAAGUCAGAAAUUACUCAUAACAGCCUGUUUUAUUUCUGGUUACAAAAGUGACCAGUGAUCAAGGGUCUGAUAAACACACAGCUGCUAAAUUACAUGGAAAAUUAUUUAAAAGUCGAUAUACAGUGUAAUAUUAGCAAGCAAAAUAACUAUUUUGAUUUUAUACUGUAAUUUUCAUCUAUAUAUUUGUGUUUAUGUCGGGUUUUGAUUCACUUUGUCCAUUUUUGUCCUGUAUACGAUUCACGGGUUAAAUAUCAGUGAUUUUGUUCUUUGUUAAGUUAUUGAAAACAAUGUUGUGAUUGAACACAUUGUUGGUUAUAUAAGUGUGAAAAGAAGAAAUGAAAAGCAAAAUAAGAACGAUAGAGUGAAAAUUUUAGAUAUGAUAUAAAGGUUUAAGUCAAUGUGUGAUUUUUUUUCAUGGCAAUGGGUUUUUAAAAUUCCCCCAUAUGUCUUCAUGAACCACAAUUGUAUACUUUUUUAAAAGG